GUCGUGAAGCGGUUUUUACCACCGACACUUCGUGAAAACAAACUAGCUACAUUUGCAUGAAUGUCAAGUCGUUAAUUAGCGUCUCUUGGUUUAUCUAUUUCAGAUGACGCCACAUAUCAAAGUUUGAAUGAGUUUUGCCUCAAGCUUUUCAGGCUUUGAAAAUGUCUGAUGCUUGCUCCGAACCUGCAGGAGCCAUCAAGGCCAUUGACAAGCACUCAGUGCAUCAAAUCUGCUCAGGACAGGUGGUGCUGACUUUGGCCACUGCUGUCAAAGAGCUGGUGGAAAACAGCAUUGAUGCAGGAGCCACCAACGUUGAUGUGAAACUGAAGGAGUGUGGAACUGAACUAGUUGAAGUGUCAGACAAUGGCAAAGGAGUAGAAGAGGCCAACUUUGAGGGACUGACAUUGAAGCAUCACACAUCAAAGCUGAAAGAUUUCUCUGAUCUCAUCCAUGUGGAAACAUUUGGCUUCAGAGGUGAAGCCCUCAGCUCUUUAUGUGCUCUGAGUGAUCUGAGUGUGGUGACGUGCCAUGAGUCCAACCAGGUGGGGACCAAGCUGGUGUUUGACCACAAGGGCCACAUGGUGCAGCAGUCACCCCAUCCCCGUCAGCAGGGCACCACGGUCAGCCUGCAGCAGCUUUUCUACACCCUGCCUGUCCGACACAAGGAGUUCCAGCGCAACAUAAAGAAGGAAUAUACCAAAAUGAUACACGUCCUGCAGUCGUACUGUAUCAUCUCUACUGGAGUGCGUAUUACCUGCUCCAACCAAAAUGGGCAGGGAAAGCGCAGCACGGUGCUCAGCACCAGUGGAAGCCAGAGCAUGAGAGACAAUAUAGGAGCCAUAUUUGGACCAAAACAGCUGCAGAGUCUUCUGCCUUUUCAACAAGUAUCCCCUACAGAAAAUAUUAUUGAAGAAUAUGGACUCAAGGAUGCAGAUCUUCCCAAACAGCUUUUCACCAUGACGGGGUUUGUGUCACGAGGAGACCAUGGUGUUGGGAGAAGCGCCACAGACAGACAGUUUUUCUUCAUCAAUAACCGGCCAUGUGAUCCCCUGAAGGUGACCAAACUUGUGAAUGAAGUGUAUCACAUGUAUAACAGACAUCAGUAUCCAUUUGUUGCCUUGAACAUAGCUGUUGCCUCAGAGUGUGUGGAUGUGAACGUCACCCCAGACAAGCGACAGAUUUUCCUUCAGGAAGAGAAACUCUUGCUGGCUAUUCUAAAGACCUCCCUCAUCAGCAUGUACGAGGCUGGAGUCAAUAAGAUCAGCCUGAACUAUACACCCAUGCCCAGCAGCACAUCUGACCUGCGUCACAUGGUCCCGUCUAAUGAGAACAUGCCAGAACCAGGAGAGGCCGUGGAACCGCUGGUACAGAGCCCAAAGUCAUCCUUGAACCUGGCCAGUCUAAAAGCUGCUUUUUCAAGUCACCACAGCUCCAAUUCUGGGAACAAAUCAAACAUGUCAAAAUCUGCCAACAGUGGCCCAUCACAGAAAACACUGCAGACGUUUUUUAAGGGUUCUGUAAAACCUCCUGCUUCCAACUCAAGUGUUAAAUCUCCUUUAAAACCUGCAAAAGAUCUAGCUGAAUGCUCCCCAGUGGGAAAGUCAGUGCUAGAUGGAUUCAGAUACAGAAUGGUAUCGUGUAGCGAUCCAGAGGAUGAAAAAGACAGAGCUGCGUCCAGUUUUGUUUCUACUACAGCAGCUCCUGAUAGUCAUUGUUCUGGCCUGGAGCGCAGUUCUCCCGAACCGCUGAUUGACAGUGUAAAAGAUGAAACAUUCGAAGAAACAUCAGACAACGGUCAGACAGCUCCUGAAGAGCAAGAGUUACAGACUGAGCCAUGCGCUUCAAAUGAGGACGGUACUGUGAGCCCUGAUGCUAAGAGGGCCAGGACAGAGAAUCUACAUUUCCCUACAGAUCUCAAAUCCAACACUUUCUUAAACUGUUCUGAGGGAUCCUCUUCCUCUAAAGUGGAUGCUCCAAUCUGCUUACAGAGGAGGACAGUGCCCCUCCAGUUCUCUUUACAAGAGCUUGAAGGGAAGAUAAGGAGGAUAAAGGACCAGCAGAAACAAAAGGCCAGCGACGAGCUACGCUACCGACGCUUCAGGGCCAAGAUCAACCCUGGAGAAAACCAAAGUGCAGAGGACGAGCUGAAGAAGGAGAUCAGUAAAGACAUGUUCAAAGAGAUGGAGAUCAUCGGUCAGUUUAACCUGGGCUUCAUUAUCACCAAACUCAACUCGGACAUCUUCAUGAUCGACCAACACGCCACUGAUGAGAAAUACAACUUUGAGAUGUUGCAGCAGCACACUGUGCUCCAAGGACAGAAACUCAUAGUCCCUCAGAAACUUCACCUCCCUGCGGUCAGUGAGAAUGUUCUCUUAGAGAACAUCGAGAUUUUCAGAAAGAAUGGCUUCGAAUUUCUGGUGGACGAGGACGCUCAGGUGAUGGAGAGGGUGAAGCUGGUGUCUCUGCCCACCAGUAAGAACUGGACUUUCGGUCCAGGCGAUAUUGAGGAGCUGAUCUUCAUGUUGAGUGACAGCCCAGGGGUCAUGUGCCGACCAUCCAGAGUCAGACAGAUGUUUGCCUCCAGAGCUUGUCGGAAAUCUGUGAUGAUUGGCACCGCUCUGAGUGUCAGUGAGAUGAAGAAGCUGGUGGUUCACAUGGGGGAAAUUGAACAUCCAUGGAACUGCCCUCACGGCAGGCCAACCAUGAGACACCUCGCCAACCUGGAAAUCAUCUCACAAGACUGACCAUGACAAACUAUCAAGAGCCCAAUCUGUGCAUAUUGUAUAUUUGUAUUGUUCAGAUGCUUGGUAUUGUUUUUUUUUUUGUUUGUUUGUUUUUUUGAGAUAUG